CUCACCUGCCUCCUCCUCAUAACCCAACCUCUUCAUAAUGACCCGUCUCUACAGCAAGGCUCGUAUCCUGGGUCACCAGAGGUCGAAGCACGUCUCGCACCCCAAGACGUCGCUGAUCAAGAUUGACAAUGUGGACUCGCCCGAGGACGCUCAGUUCUACCUGGGAAAGCGCAUUGCCUACAUCUACAAGGCUCCCACUGACCGCAAGGGAUCGAAGGUUCGCGUCAUCUGGGGCCGAGUCACUCGCCCUCACGGCAACUCUGGUGUGGUGCGAUCCAAGUUCCGCACCAACAUCCCGCCGAGGGCUUUCGGUGCCAGUGUCCGAGUCAUGCUGUACCCUAGCAACAUCUAAGUCUGCAUGACUUUGAAUUGUUAGAUCCUCAUCAGACCCUUCUACUGCGUCUGCUCUGGCUGCACCGCGCUGGUAGCCUCAGACUUUGCCCACCUUGUACGCCUACAGAUCCUCUCGCCUCUUUUCUUUUUUCCAGCAUCUGUUGAUGUUUCACCAUCAAUGCCAAACCAACGCAUACGAAAACGAGACAAAGCUCUGUGUGGAUGUGAACGGGAAGCUGUGAACGGGAAGCGGGGAGACUCUUGAGGGGCUGAGAGCGGGCCGUACGCAUUGCAUGAUGUCGUCUGGCUCCAGCUUCGGAGAUUAUGACAGGUGAACAAUUGAUUGCCAAGUGAUGCCUGACCGCCGCUCAGAGAUCUCGACCACGGCGAUCGAA